GGAGGGGGUUGGGUGUAGUCCGAUACACGCUCGCUCAUCCGAAAAGGAGGAGAAACAGCCGAGAAAUAACAUCAGUCUUCGAUGGUCUAAUACUAUACAUUGCCGACUCUAGAAGUCCUCCGAAAAAUGGAGGAGGCCUUGCGAGAGGGGCUUAGAGAGAAGGAGGAGCGUAUUCAGGAGCUGGAGACCCAAGUUUGGCACCAGGUGCGCCAUUGCGACGUGUGUUGUCCUCUGUGUGUAUGUCUUGUGUGUCGGUCAGAAGGAGGUGGACGUCAUCUAUCACAACCUCUGCAGGCGGUAUAUGGAGUAUGAGGUCGCCAUUCUGUAAGCAUUUCCGCGUUUCUCCUUCGUUCACACUGCGCAUGCGCGAAGAGACGGCCGUUUUGUGUCGUGCCCUCUGCUGUGUGUGCAGGACAAAGAAUGAUCGGAUACGAAAGCUCGAGGCCGACAAUGCGGCGCUGCAGCAAGAGGUUGAUGAAGUCAGGCGCCUCCACGCGGCGAGACAGACAAUGGCCCACCCCGUGCAGCCACCGACACGAGCGACAGUGCCGGUCCCUGCCGCUAUUGUCGACAAAGUGACGGCUGGUGCGGUCCCUCGAUCCCUCACCGACACAAUGGGAGAUGACAAGGCGUCAGACGGCCUUGGUCGGUCUGACGGAACCUUCGCUGGAAGCGUCUCGACUAUGGCUGAUGAUUAUGAAGUCUUACAGAAGAAAUACCAAGAGGUCAGUCUGUGAAAGCCAAUUGGUGAAAGCUCCUUCAGUCCCUCGUUGAUCCUGUGUAUGCAUUUUGUGUGCAGCUGGAACAGAGAUACCUGGCAGUCCAGCACCGGCUGAACAUGCACGAGGCGGCUGUCAUGCGUUUUCAAAUGGGGCCUCCGGUGAGGCGACGGAGCCAAUCAUGACACGGCCUGGAGAGACAAGCCGUCCAUGCGUGAUUUUGUGUGCGUUCCAGUCUUUCUACCAGCAGCCGAAGAUGCCGAUGCCUCCCUUUCCGCCUCAUGGCUUUCCCAUGGCACCAGAGCCAAAGGCUGCGCCUCUACAGGCCGAUGCGUCAUCUGACGGGUCGUCUCCCUCCUCCCCUGCCAGCCCAACGCGCCUGUCUCCUUUCAUGCGUCUGAUGCCCCGGUCGCCGAGUCACGCCAGGAGCCCCACACACGCGGCCAAGGAAGGGAGCGAUGGGGAGGUGCUGCAAAGGACCGAAUCGGAAUCGUCAAGUGAAUCCGGUGAAGACCUAUAUCGUUCUCAAUCUUAUCUGGAUGUCUCUCUCUACGUCUGUCUGUCUGCUGUUUCCGUCAGUGAUUCAUCACAAGGCAUUCUGUGGUCUUCCUGGCUUCAUGAGUGCGAGGCCGAGGGACGACAGAGCGAGCGUCAGGAAGAAGAAGAGCGACGAGCAGCAGCAGGCUUUCGACAACAAAGAGGAUGCAGUCGAUCUCACGGACGGCAAGACAACGGAUGACAAGCAGGAGCCAGAAGCAGAAGAAGCCCGUCCAAUCGAUACAGCACCCCCGCCUCCAAGUGAGACCCUUCCACGAGACAGCAAGCCGGCAUCGCCUCCCAUAGCUGCUGCCGCUGCCAGUGUCAAUCCCAGCUUCAGCAGCAACGUGCCGCCCCUGUCGCUCCCUCGCCCGCCUGCUCAAUACGGCCCUUAUGUGCGAGAAUUGGCUCCUCAGCCGUGGAUGGCUGACGGGUCUCAGUCUGAACGACAGUUCGAUCGCACCAUGUGCGGCAGCACACGGCCUCUGUGGGAGGGACCAUGGCCACCGCCCUACCCGGUGGGUUUUCCGUCGACGACAGAUGAAGCACAAAAGGGGGAGGCCGCGGCACGGGAGAAGAAGGCGUCAUCCUAGUCGAAUGAAGGGUGGGGUGUUUGCUGACUGAUGGUUGUUGUGAUGGUGACUGAAAUCUGACAACUAAC